GUAAAUCAGUUAGUUAGCAUUAGGCACAAGUGAGCUAUUACAUGGAGGUAAGAGGACAUCUUCGGUAGCCAAGGAUGAUUUGCCUGUGAACCGCCCCUGGGAGCCCAGCUCUCAGGCACCCGGUUUCAUGAGCAAGUCAUCCUGGCUACCCAAGUACUACCUCCGUCCCAUAAUAUAAGAGCAUUUUUGUCAUUUGUGUAGUACCUCUUACCAUACCCCAGGCAGCCAUGCUGGGUCUACAGCCAUUUCAUUCAUUCUAGUGCUAAACAGAAUUUACAGCUCCGGAGAUCAGGUCAGCACCUUGCUAUAACGUACAUGCACACUGAAAUAUGGGUGGUUACCUUCACAAGGAGCAUUGUGUUUGUGCGCUCAAGGCAUCGUCAGACUACACUGGCCUUCUGCACUUCACCUGCCCUUGCGGUGCUAUCAAGCCUCAGCGGCAUGGCAUGUCGCACUUUCUACAAUCAGUGGCAACCUUCAUCAAUAGCAUUCCUUUUAUAUGCUUGUAGAGAGUUGACUGCAUCACUGAUGCAACGUACACUUCCUAUUUACAGGUACAAGAGGUGUGAUGCAUUCCAGAUACCUAACAAAUAUAAGCAAAUGCCAUGAUUGCAGGGAAUCAAUUAACUCGACUCUGGGGCGACCACCCUCCCACCGCCGGCGUACCCUCCUCCUCUCCCUCCCUCCCUCGCCGCUGCAUGAGGCUGGCGCCGGGCAAGCCCAUGGCACGGCCGGGGACUGCGGCGGCGGGGCCCUUGCUGCUCCGCCUAGCGCUGGAGAGAGAUUGGAUCUGGAGCGGCGGCCCUUCGGGCGAGGCCCCUCUGUGCCGGCGAGAGGCGGGACUGGUGUUGUGCCAGUGGUCCGGUCGGACGGCCAACAGAUCUUCGGUGGACCAUGGCCUGGCAUGACUGCUCUGGCGGCCGGCGGCGCCAGAUCUGGCCGCUGUCAUCCGGCCCUGAUCAGUGGGCUUCUCUCCUACGGGUUCAUGUUGGUGCCGGCGUGGUUGCCGGGACCCUGGCCGCGGGUGAAGCGGAUGGAGGAGAUCCAGAUUAGGGGAAACCCCUUGGUAGGCCCCGGCCGGCCGCGCCGCCGACGACGCUCAAGAGCGCCGCUUUUCUUCUUGGAGACGCCGGUCUAUGUCAGCUCCUUCAUUUCCCCCUCCCCGCCUCUCGGGUGAAAACCCUAACUCCGGUGGGCGGCGGCAGCGUCCUUGACGCCGCGACCUUCCUGAAGGUGUCGCCUUGAGGGCUGAGUGGUGGUGGGCACUGUGUGGGUCCUUGACGGUUGCUGGUGAUGGGCACUGCUUCGGGGGAAACCCUAGGAUCUAGUCUUCCAGAUCGGACGGUGGCAGUACUGCGGUGCUUUUUCUCUCCUGGGAGUAUCGUUUGUGGAGCAGCGCUGGAAGACAGAGGCAGGAGGUGGAGCGGCUCCGUCUUGCACGGAGCUUUGGUCGAGCUGUCAAGUCAUGCCUGGCCGACAGGUGCUACGCUGAGUCAUGCCUAGUUGGCAGGUGCUACGCACUACAGAUCUUCCAGAGUCUUCGCGUCUGGACGGAUGAGUGCAGGGCGGUGGCGCCGUUGGGCGCCAUGGUGGCGUCGACAGAUGUCCGUACUGGCAAGGAAGAUGGGUCAGUGGUCCGAUGAAGAUGGCGGCUUCUAAACGUGUGCAUGUGGUGUGCGCUUUAGGUCUGUUGCACCGGCUGUUAGUCUCGAUACGUUAUGUGGAUGAAUCGGCAACGACACCGUUUUUAGAUAUGGGGAGUGAGAGCACUCCUCAUUAUCGAAUUUGUAGGUGUGAGUGGUGGCUUCAGAUGAUUUGAUAUAUGUUUUUGUCAGACCUUUAUGAAAUAAUUAAUAAAGAUGGCUGCAUUGCAUCGCUUGAUGCGGAGCCCGGGGGUUUAACCUCCUUUUAAAAAAAACUCAGCACACUCAAAGACUGUAUAUGUUAGAGGAAUUUUCGUAUCAAAAUCAUUAAUAGCUAUCAAAGCUAAUAACAAAUGUGAGUUCGUACAUGGUCCAUGCUCAUCAUGGAAAUGAUAAUGUGGCAACCAAAGUUGAAGAAGAGUGAAACAUAAAUGUGAAGUCAGUGGACAGGACAUGUAAGGAAACAAAUGAAUUUAAGGUUAUAACCAAGUUUCAAGAAGGAUGGGAUUGAUAAGAACAGUUUGGAUUUGAGGCUAGCCAGUAGCCACACUAUAAACCCUCUA